AUGAAGUCUCUCAUGCUACUCCCACUUUCGUCUUUGGCAACCUCCAUGCCACCAGUAACAUUAUCUCCAAAUCAAGAGCCAUAUCUCUCAACGACAUGUAUAACUGAGCCCGCAACACUCUACCCGAACGUCAACUUCAGUGAUACGUAUAUCUGUCUACCGCCACCGGUCACCAUCAACAUCACCAUCAACGCCGACGAAGAUGCCUCCUUGCAAAGACGUAAAGACGUUCCCGGAGACCGCAAACACGCCCAGUUCCGUAGCAACGAACUUCCUAGCUGCAAAGGUUGCGCCAGGAAGGGCUACUGUGUCAGAAUGAGAAACCUGGCUGGUUUUCAUGAUCAAGCCCCGCCACUAAGCGAGUGCGACACUAUCCGCAGAUGGGCCGAGGACAGCACGAACCUGGGCCACUGGGAGGUGAAGUUCGAGCGGAUGCGCCAGGUGCCCUGGAUCCCGCUGAUUACGGCCGGCUCUUGCACGGUCGUCAUCAGCACGGAUUUCCUGGAAAGCGAAGAGGAGGCUAUCAUCAUCAGCACUAAAGACGUUGCGAGACUGAUGGAGCAGGCCGUCAAGCGUGAGCAAGACGGCACGACGGGAGCCAGUGGGGAGUGGGAGUACUGCUCUGCUACGGCUUGGGGGACUGACAUGCUCUUCAAGUGGCCAACGAAGUUUCAGGUCAUGCUUAAGAGUGAGUUACCUUAG